AUGGGGAGGGGGCAGGGCAACCCUGGCAACCUCCCCCUCUACGGCUCCGUGUUCACGCUCCCCAGCGGGGUGGCGGUCGUCGGGCCGCCACAGGUGGCGAGCGGCGCUGGGGCGCUGGAGUGGGCGUCAGGCAAGGAUAUCAGAUCGGCGCGGCCUGGGGGGAAGAAGAGCGAGAAUACCGGCGGGGAUGCUGGGGCGAUGAGGGCAAAUCGCCAUCGCGCGUGGCUCCAGAGAGGCAGGCACCAGAAGGGCCAGAGUUGGAGGCCAGCCGUGCUACACCGAGCUGCCGCAGCAUCGUGGUGCACUGCCCUCGACAACGCCAUGAAGCAUGUGACUGAGACCGAUGGCCUUUCGUAUCUUCGGCCCGACGCCUCCGACAAGUGGCGCGACGCAAAUUGGCGGAACUGGCCUCACAUGUCGUUGCCGAUGGACCUUGGGCCUGACGGGAUGGCAGGUUGCAACGCUUUGCUUUACAAGUGGAAGUUGUAUCUGACAAGGAUCGAUGAGUUCAGCCACGGGUCGAACAACGACCUCAAGGUCUACCUGAAGGAAAUCGGCAUGUGGGACCUCGCGAUCCUCCUCUUCAUCCACUUCAGCGAGGACGACCGAUGCAGGCACCUCGAGUGCGUGGACACCAUGAGGAAUAUCUACGACGAAGAGACCUACAGGUCGGUGCCGUGCUUCCAGCACUACUGCAAUAACAUAGUCCAGGAGAUGAAGAGGGACGGCUACGAGUUCACAGGGGACGAGCCAGAUGCAGCCGUGGCUUGGAACUUCAUGAAAGAGGAGAACGGCUUCAUCCCAUUGGGGAUGCGCUUGAACUUCUGUCGGUUUUGUGAUGCUGCUGAUGGUUUCGACAGGAACUACAAGUACUGGUGGAGGCACACGUUCGAGCGCACGUGCGUCGCCUUGGAGCACGACAUGCUUGCGAAUGCGAAGCUCCAGAAGGUAGCGGUCAAGCAGGCGGAGGUGGGCGGGGCGAUCGUGGAGGGGGGCGGCACUACGAGCAGCGCCAAAGUGACGAUCGACGCGAAGGUGUUGAGGUCCGCUAACGCAAACGCCGUGGCGAUAUCAGUGCUGCUGACAUCAUGCCCUCGGAACCGCCGCACAGUAGCCUGCUCGUUCGCCCCGAUGCAUUUUGCGAAGAAGUGGCAGGGGAAGAGCGCGAAGGAGAUGAAGACCGCGGAGGCGACGCAGGUGUGGAUGACCAAUCAGAUCAGAGGGGACUUCAUGGACCAUGUUAUUUCGAUUGUAAACGGCUUGAUGGACGUGCACAGCAUGGAGGGCUGCGACUUCAUUCUGAACAUGCGCGCGAUCAAGGACGCCGAUCCUGGUGAGGUCGGUGUCGAGGACGACUUUGCCGAGCUGCACGGCAUGGCGCAUCUUUCACUUGCCGCUGCCAGGAUGCGAAGGUGUUUGUUUUUGUUCGGGUGGCCCUUGAAGAUGCAGCGCGCCCUGGCCGACCCAGAGACAGGGGUGAACACGGCGCGGGAGUUCAAGCGAGACCUCGAUGUCUUCAACGAGUACUGCGCGUACAAGGGCGAUCAGAGUGCACGGUGCGUGGUCGUGAAGCGCAGCGUCUUCGGCCUGACAGCGACCAAGCAGAUCACCUUGGCGUUCCGCGAGCUCGGGUUCAAUUUUCCGCACCAGGCGAUCAAGGACAUCAUGAAAGGUCGGAGCACUGGCAUCAUGAAGACGAUUCCUGUCGAGAAGAUCAUUGGCGCCCAGAAGAAAUGCUCGCGCUUCAAGGCUUGCAAGAAGUUUCGUAGGCCAGCGACCGCCAUGCAUACGGCCAUCUGUUGCGGCGUGAUCGACAAGCAGUUGAAGUUCACGGCCCUCGAGGCCGACACCCCCCUUCAGGAUGAGACAGCGUCUCUGCCGCUAGAAGCCUUCAAGCCAGUGAAGAGAUCUGCUUCGAUAGCUUUCGGGGAUAUCGUGAGUACCGCCCAGAAGACCGACUACUACAGCCCAGGCCCCACCUUGGCGAACACACCGGUUGCCGACCUCAAGAUGGUUUCCGACGCGAAGGCUAAAGGAGGGUUUGGCCAUGUCACAGACGCGUGGCUGGGCGGCAUAUUCAAGUUGAAGCACAAGUUCGUCUUCUCGAGCCCACAUCAUGGUGGCGAUGCGUGGUGGCACCUUGCGCUGUACCACUGGCCGACGAGCGGCGUGUUGUGUUGGCCUGGCAAGCUGGUCACGGUAGAGGGGUCACCCAACUUUUACUUCGAGUUCGCCCUCGACUUGCAGGAGCCCGUGCACGUCGGCGUGUUCGACUGGGCGGACUUCAAGGUCAGGGAGAUUUCUUUUAAGUCAUGGGCCUGGCAGGGCCGCGACACGCCGCAGGGUUGGGUUGAUGCGGACAAGCCUGGCGUGCGCAUCUUCGCCACGGGUUCGGUCGCCAACAUCCAGAAGCUGGCCGCGACGAACUGUUUCUGGAACAUCAGCUCCUCGGACUUGGGCAGUAUUGCCAGCUACCUGAAGAUCCCCAUUCCUGAGGGUGCGUCUUUGUUCUCCAAGCUGCACACGAUGAUCUGUUCGCUCUUGGGCAUCACCAGUGAGGCUGCCAUGAAGUUCUUGUGCGUGCGCUGGUCGUGCGAUGAGAACGACCUGGGGUUCGCCCAAGAGUUGAUGGAGGUCGAGGCGGCCGUCGAAGUCUUGGACCAGCACGACCAUGACACAGUGAAGCAGCAGAUGCACGCGGCGGAGACCAGCGUCAAGGCCCACGAAGAGUUCACGGAGGAGUUCGAGGCGAAGCUGCUCGAGCUCGCACGCGCCAAGGCUGGCGGCAAGAAGCCCAAGGUAGGCGCGGGGAAGACGGAGAAGAUCCCCACUACGCUGACGCAGAAAGAGGCCAAGAAGUACCUGCCGCCAGGUGCCUCCAUCUGGCGCGGCUUCUCUCGCGGUGAGUGGAUGGGGCACGUGCCCCCGCACAGGCGCGUGAGCGCGCCGUGGUCGAAGCACACUGAGGCUGGUGCCAUGCGAGUUGCAUUGAAGAAGGUGUGGAUCCAAUAUUUGGCGAAGGAGGUCAAGGGCCGCUCUCACUGCCCCUGGCCCGAGCUGUUCGAAUGA